CUUUGUUUUCUCGCUCACUAUAUAACACUCGACUUGGAUCAUGGGUCCACACAUCCCCUCAUAACAUCACUCACAAUGGGUCAGCACAGACAGAAAAGCAACAUCGAGGCUUACCUCGAAACCAAACGAAAGCUCCUUCCCGCCCGUCCCACUCCACACGACGCGCUCGCCAGGUCCACCGAGCAAGGCGUUUAUUUGAUUGACAUCAGGCCGACGAGAAAUAGAAAAGAGGAGGGACUGAUACCUGGAGCGAUCGUGAUUGACAGGAACGUUUUGGAAUGGCGUCUUGACCGCACUUCUCCGUGGUCUAUCCUCGAAGCCCGCGAGCCUUCUUUCACCCCCAUCCUUUUUUGUAACGAAGGCUACGCUUCUUCUCUCGCAGCACAGACACUCGUCGAGAUCGGAGUCGAGAGGGCCACAGACGUGGAUGGUGGUUUCAGGAAAUGGAAAGCUGAUGGUCUUCCCGUAGUAGGGGAAGAUUCGUUGUAAAUCUGCUAUGCAUAGACAUGCAUACGCCUUUCUACCCC